AUGGUCCGUGCGCCCGCAGCGGGGAUAGCUCCAGGCCGCCUCCAACUUAGCUCCGUCACCAAUCGCCGGCCAGCAGCCCAAAUGGCACUGACAUCAUGGAAAGCGUUCAACUUCGUCGACGUCUCCCCAGUGAGACUACCAGAAGAGAGCUCCGCGCUCUUCGGUAGUGAUCUAUCCAGUCUCUGCACCGGCUCUGCAAACCUUUUCGUCGGUACAAUCGAUGGAUUCGUCCACAUCCUCUCCUCGUCCUUCCGCAUCGUGCGCUCGUUCAAGGCGCAUGAUGCGGGCUCGAUCACCCAUAUGAAGCAGAUUAACGGAACCUCUCUACUUGUGACUGUGGCGGAAGAUUUAUUGAACGAGCCAGUCUUCAAGGUCUGGGCUCUGGAUACCGAGCAAAAGGAUGGCGCACCGCGGUGUCUAUCGACAGUCUCCGUGCAAAAUGCAAGACGCCAGUUUCCGAUUUCUGCAUUCGCAGCCGUCGAUGAUCUCUCGCAAGUGGCCGUUGGCUUCGCAAACGGCUCCGUCACCAUUAUCCGCGGUGAUUUGAUUCACGAUCGGGGCGCGCGCCAACGGAUCGUCUUCGAGUCGGAAGAGCCAAUCACUGGCUUGGAAAUUCAAGAUGGACAGCUGACUGCGCUUUACAUUGCGACUACAAGCCGCAUCUUGACUUUGGUUAUCGCGGGCCGAGGACAAGGCCAGCCGGCUCGCGUCUUGGAGGAUACGGGCUGUGGGCUGGGAUGUAUGACGCUGGAUCGAGAGAGCGGGGAUAUUUUGAUUGCCCGUGAGGAUGCUAUUUACACUUACGGUUCCCGUGGCCGCGGCCCGAGCUAUGCUUUUGAGAGCCCGAAGACAUCGAUUCGCUCGUACCGCGAUUAUGUCGCGCUGGUUUGUCCACCAAAGGCUGGAUCUGGCAAAUCGGAUCCUAUGCGCAAGUAUGGGGUCAAUCCUGCUGAUUCAAUCUUUGGUACAACGACUUUUACGUUGCUGGAUACGGAUCUUAAGUUUAUCGCACAUAAUGAGACUUUGGUAUCGCCGAUGAAACAGAUUUUCAUGGAGUGGGGAGAUAUGUAUCUCUUGACGACUGAUGGCAAGGUGUUUCGGUAUCGCGAGAAGAGCCUCCAGCAGCGGCUGGAGAUCCUUUACGAACGCAAUCUUUACAUUCUGGCUAUCAAUCUUGCACAACAGAUCGGCAUUGAUCCAUUGCAGCAAAAUGCCAUAUAUCGCAAGUACGGUGACUUUUUGUACCAGCGUGGGGACUAUGAUACUGCUAUGCAACAAUAUCUUCGAGCAAUUGACAAUACUGAACCGUCACAAGUCAUUCGCAAGUAUUUGGAUACCCAGCGGAUCCAUAACCUGAUCGAGUAUCUGGAAGAGUUGCACGAUCAUGGCCGGGCAACAGUUGACCACACCACGCUUCUUUUGAACUGCUACGCCAAACUAAAAGAUACCAGCAAAUUAGAUUCUUUCAUCAAGGCUCCUGGUGAGCUGAAGUUCGAUCUGGAGACUGCUAUUGCCAUGUGCCGCCAAGGAGGAUACUACGAGCAGGCAGCAUACCUUGCGACAAAGCAUGGUGAAAACGAUAUGGUAGUUGAUAUUUUAAUUGAGGACUCUAAGAAGUACGCUGAGGCGGUCGAGUACAUAUGGCGAUUGGAGCCUGAAGUGGCCUAUCAUAACCUCAUGAAAUAUGCCCGCGUCCUGCUUUCCCAUUGUCCUGAGCAAACAACGGAGCUGUUUAAGACUUACUAUGCGGGCAAGUACCAACCCCGGACACAAGUGGAAAUGCCCGCCGAGCCCCAAGCUCAACCAGCAACAACUCUUCAAAGUCUUGCUGGGAUGUUGCCGUUGCGAUAUAUGCCAGGCGCAUCUGCACUUCAAGCUCCAGUCACUGUGCCGGAGCCUGUUGCCAAAGAAGAGCCAAUUACUACUCCCUCACCUGAAUACGAGAUUCCGAAGCCACGGACAGCAUUUUCAGCUUUCGUUGAUCAUCCCCGAGAAUUUAUCGAUUUCCUCGAGACACUUGGGCAACAGCCCGAACUGAACAAAGAGGCCAAAGUCGAUCUUUUCACGACCUUGUUUGAGAUGUAUUUGGAUACUGCCAAGGGAAAGAAGGAUGCAGCUGAGAAGCAAGAAUGGGAGACCAAGGCCAAGAAGCUGAUCGAAGGCAAAGAUAUUCCAAUCUCCACAUCCAAUGUUUUGCUUCUUUCCGAUCUGUCCAAUUUCCGCGAGGGAUCUACACUUGUUCGUGAACAAGAAGGGUUACGUCUGGAUAUCUUCCGAUCCUUCACUUCGGCCAAGGACACCCCGGGAGCUAUUCAAGCCUUGCGACGAUAUGGUCCCGAUGAGCCUCAGCUAUAUGUCGACGCUUUGACAUAUUUUGCCUCCAGCCCUCAGAUCCUUGAGGAAGCAGGUGACGAGCUGGAUGUUGUCCUUCAACGCAUUGAUGCAGAUGGUCUGCUUUCCCCAUUACAGGUGAUCCAAGCACUCAGCAACAAUGCCGUUGUUACGAUGGGCCGAGUAAAGAAAUACCUGAGUGAUAACAUUGAGCGAGAACGCAAGGACAUCGCCACGAAUCGCCGCCUCAUAUCAAGCUACAAAUCCGAGACAACCGCCAAACAACAAGAAAUUGAAUCUCUCGCCACCCAGCCAGUAGUCUUCCAAUCUCGUCGCUGCCAAUCCUGCGGUGGUACCCUCGAUCUUCCCACCGUGCACUUCCUUUGCAAGCACUCCUUCCACGAACGCUGCCUCAACCGUGUCGAGGAAGACGCCCAAUGCCCCGUCUGCGCCCCUAGCAACGCUACACUCCGGGCCAUUCGUCAACGACAGGUUGAUACUGCCGAUCAGCAUGACUUGUUCAAGACAGAACUGCAGCGCUCGAGGGAUGGGUUUGGGGUUGUUAGUGAAUUUUUCGGCAGGGGUGUUAUGAGGUCUCAGAGUACGAUGGAUUCAUGA